AUAUGCAAAAUUAAUAUAAUUUCAAAUUAAACUAUUUUUAAUCUGACGAGUAUUAUCAAUAUUGGUCACUGGUGUGUGACGAUUUAAUUUUCUCUGGGAUAUUACCAUACGGCCUUGAUUGUUGGUCAGACAUAAUACGCUGUUUUCACGAAGUGACGGUAGUGAAAACAAAUUGCAUUCACUUUGCGUUACGAUUUUCCUCACUACCGUCACUCCGUGAAAACAAGGAUGAAUAUGGUCUGACUUAUAAUAAUUUACCAUAUGGUAAACUGAGGCAUUUAUUCCUAUGGGUAACCAUGACGAUGAGUUAUCAAUCAAAGCUUCGCUAUUGCGAGGACAAAAAAAUACAUCAGUACAUACCAGCAUUUUUAUAUUCCUUAAGAGAAUACUGCCGUUUGUAUAUGUGGAUAUAAUAUAGUCAACUGAAUAUACAGGCUGACAUUCAGAGACCCAUCUACUAUCUGAAGUACUCUUCCAAAAGUAUUGUGGAAUGGAAUGACAUAUUGCGAUUCGUUUUGGUCAGAGGAAAAGGCCCAUACUGAUAUUUGGAGAUAAAUAACAACUUUCAAGAAUAGACGGAUUUACGAAACAUCUUUACAUCCUACUAUUCCUUGUGUGUUGCCAAUAAUAUCACAAUCUGCAGUCAUUUGGUCAAUUUUAAGACUACCGUCAUGGAGGGCGUCAUCGCUCUACUGUGGAUAUCCAUGGUCAUCCCCGUGGUCAUAGCCGAUACCGCACCACUUCAUAUCGCCGAAGAGAAGGAGGAUGAUAACCAUUAUCUGGUCGGCUUAGAGGAUGAUCAUGAUGUGGGUGAGUGGGUCGAGGCCUUUCAUGCUCACGCUCGCGAAUCAACAUUUGAUGGGAAGAUAACGGAUAGAAACAAUAACAUUCUUACCGCUGAACUCGACCCAGAAGCUUUAUCACAUGUCCGCGAGAUGGAAGGUGUAUCGUACGUGGAGGAGGAUGGUGUAGUGUCUCUCGCUGAUGUGUUGAUCUACAAGGAAGAGAUCUUCGAGGAUGAUAUUGAAAACUGGGGACUAGACCGAAUAGACCAGGAGAAUCUACCACUAGAUGAUCGAUUUGAGAUAUCAGGUACUGGAACAGGGGUGCAUGUUUAUAUCUUAGAUUCUGGCAUCCGAGCGACGCAUCAUGAUAUCAGGGGAAGAGCUGAUGCUGCUUUCGAUGCAUACGGUGGAAAUGGGAGUGAUAUUGAUGGACAUGGCACUCACUGUGCUGGUAUCAUAGCAGGCACCAAGUACGGAGUGGCAAAAGAAGCUUAUGUUCAUGGUGUUAGGGUUAUCAAAGAGAAUCGUAAGGGAUCAGUCUCCGCAGUUGUCCGAGCUAUGCAUUGGGUGGCGAAGAACGGAUCCCGUCCUUGUGUAGCAUCCAUGUCUUUCAGCGGCAAAGGUUCGAAAUCCCUGGACACCAUGGCUCAAGCCCUCUACGACAGCGGAUGUGUAUUGGCCGUGGCAGCAAGCAACGAGCAUGCAGACUCCUGCGGGAGGUCGCCCGCUAGAGUCCAUGAUGUGAUCACUGUCGGUGCGACCGACGAACAAGACUAUCGCAGCUUCUUCUCCGAUUUCGGCAAGUGUGUUGAUAUAUUCGCACCCGGCGAGCAUAUACGUAGCCUCGAUUACCACUCCGAUGACGCCCACAUUAGCAUGAGCGGUACGUCGAUGGCCACGCCCUUUGUCUCAGGUGCAGCCGCCGUGCUCAGCGGAAGAGGCUACAGACAUGAUGAAGUCAAAGCACAAAUGAUGAACUUAUCAUCAAAAGGUGUCGUAAAGUCCAAAGGCAAAGAUUCCCCAAACAGGCUGCUCCAUCUGGAUACCUUUCGCUACGUUGAUCUGUAGAUGAUGAAAAUAGAUAUGUUAAAAACUCUUGGAAAUUAGCGGGAGAAUUUGUGCCUUAUGAAUUACACUGCAAAAGCAAAAGACAUGUUGAAAAUAUUUACUAAAUUUUAGCCGUCACUGGUCUACAUAAUGAUGGAUCUAUUUUAUUGCCUAUAAAUAGAAUAGAGAGGGGUUUGUCCACGUUACAAUAGAUAGUUUAUAGCACAUACACAAAUUAUAUUUCUUUAAAAACUCUUGAAAUAUGCAUUUUAUGUAAAACGUAGAUACUUGUGCGUUCAUUGUAGUUUUUAAUUUAUGAGACGUUAUUCAUUAUUCGUCUAUCACAGUUCUAAUUCAAUAGUAGAUGUUUUAAUCAAUGUGAGAAUGACAAAAUUGCAAAGAAGAAUGACUUAUUUCCAUGCGACAAAAGGUAUAUACCCAAAGUUUGGUAAGAAACCUAAUCAGUCUUUAAUUUUAUUUCAAAAACAAAAUCGGAAAGGGAGCUUCCAAUCCACUUAUUUGAUUGGGAGGGUGUGUCAAGAUGUGUGUUACAACAUCCAG